AUGUCUGAGCCUACAGUACCUUUUAGAGUCAAAGCGGUGUAUGAAUACAAAUCGGAAUACGAGGAUGAUUUGACUUUUGACGUGGGGCAAAUCAUCACCGUCACAGAAGUGGAGGAUGAGGAAUGGUUUUCCGGAAACUACGAUGGUAAGAGUGGAAUGUUUCCUCGCAACUUUGUU